AAGCAUAUUUAAAUAAUUUUAAAAAAUAAGUAAAUAAUAUCUUAAAUAACUUUAAUAUUUAAUAUAAUAUAUUAUUUUUGAAAACCCUAAAAUAAAAAUGUUAAAACACUACUUAUCAAAAUUUUAUAAAACAAAUUGAUUUUGUAAAUUAGUUUAUGCUAAAACACUACUUAUCAAGAUUUUAUAAAACAUAUUGAUUUUGUAAAUUAGUUUUUGUUUAAAAAUAUUCUUACGAUUUUAAAACACGGAAAAAAAAUCAAAUUUAGAUAAAUUACCAUCAGGUACAUCAUAUUUUAAUUGAUGAAACGAGAUAUUUAAAUGGUCUCUAACAUACACAUCAUUUUUGGAUGAAUAAAUUUCAACUCGUGAUGUUAAUUACUUAACAUCAUAAAGUUAAGGGAUGUUGUCAUGCAUAACAUAUACUUCGUGUAGGUAAGUAUAGAUUAGUUUAGUUUGCAUGGUUAGCCAUAUGAUGAUCAAUAUUUCAUGUAGUCAGUAAUAAUUUUCCUAUUUUUUAACGGGUUAGAUUUUUUCUCAAGAGCUUGUUUUCACUUUAUUGAUGUGUUGUAGGGAUGGGAUGGAACCGGAUAUCCGGAUAUUUAAGGUAUCCAGAUUCGGAUCCGGACUUGUCAGAUCCGUGGAUUUAAUAUCUGAGUCCAUAUUUGUGGUUUCCGGAUAUCCAGAUUUCAUAUAUCCGUCUAGAUAUUGUACUACCCGCGGAUAUCUUGACCUGGAAUUUGACUCAUAAAAAAUAAUUAAAAAUAUUUUUAAAAAAAUACUAAAAUUCUAAAAAUAAUGUAUAAAUUAAAUAUUUAUACAAGAUUUAUAAAUAUAUUCAUAUGUAUAUAAAAUUAAAAUUAAAAUAUAACAUUAUAAAACUAAUUUUAUGUAUAAGUAUUAAUAAAUCUUAAUAAAAUUAAACCUUCUAAAAAUACAGAUCUGGAUCUGGGUAUUUAGACCUAAAAAUCAAGAUAUCGGGAUCUGGAUUCGGUUUUGACGGAUCUGAGAUUUUCUAUCUGGAUCAGGAUUUGGGCAUUCCGGAUAUCCUAUUUUCGGAACGGAUCUUGGAUCGAAUCCGGAUCCCGGAUAAUAAUUCCAGGGCUCAUGCGAUGUAUCAUAUCAAUUUUUAUGUUAUUAUCUUUGAUUGAGAAUAUUGAAUAAACGAAUUUUAGACUAAAAAGUAUAUAUAGCGGACAAUGCUUUUCAAGGAGGUUAAGUUGAGCAGUAUUUAUAUUAUAGAAAUGUAAUUUAGUUAAGACCACCUAUUCAAAAUUUUGACAUGCCGACAUUACGUACGUCGUAAAUGACCAACCAGCAAACUGUAUAUUACGCUUAAAUGAAUAUUGAUUUUCAUUUUCUUAUAGUAGUGUACAGCUUACUUGCUAUGAUAAACAAAAACAAAGACCUCAAACGCAAACUACAAAAUAACUUUCUUUGGUUCCCUAUGCAAUAUGAAAAGUGAAGAGUUCUUAAUUAGCACAGAAUUUUCCAAGCUUAACUUUUUGACUUUUAUCUCUCUAAUCAUCUGCUAAUCAUCCCUUCACAUCACUAUAAAAAGCACCACGUACCAAAGUUCGUGAUAUCAUAUUUUGUUAGUUUCAAAUUAUAAUUUCUUUUAAAAAAAUGCCGAUCCUAACUCCGGCCAUCAGACUCGUGGUUUUCAGGCAAAGUCUUCGACCACAUUCCGCUGUUGCAUUCCUCGUUGAGUUCCUCUGCUUUGUCUUAGAGCUACUUGACAAGGAGAAAGAUCUAGCAAAGAUAUUCGGCAUCGUUUCUGCUUGUGACACAUUAAUCUUCACUAUGCUCGAUAUAAUCCAAAAUCUGAUCGAAGGAGGAGUGAAAAUACGAAGAUGCGGUCAAGUGUUUUGGCUUUACAAAAACGAUGGGAGUCUCUAUUGGCACACACUAAACGCGUAUUUACUGAUGUUGUCCAUUGUCCACGUCAUUGGCUCCGCAAUUUCAUAUAGGUCUCGUAGACGUUAUCUAGUCUUGCUCCCGCUUUUUGUUGCUGGCCUAGAGCUUCUUCCUCAAGAGGCAUAUCAGAUUCUUGGAAAUGAUCAGAUUCCACGAGAUUGUAUUGGGCCUCUUCAGAAUCCAUUAGAUGGUAUUGAGCUGGAGGAAGGCGAUAGAGUGCCGGAUCAAGAAGUUGCUGACCAUGUUGCGCCUGAUGGGGCUAAUGAUGAAGAUUUAUAUUCAAAAGUUCUGGUGGUACUAGGCUGGUUAGGAUCAUCAAGGAAGGAUGCGCAAGAUGUAAACAUAACAGGCCCAUCAAGCAUGAAGAAUGAAGAGGUGAUGGGCCCUCGACAACAAGUGAAGCCCACAGCUCUACAUUCAAAGACUCCAACGGCUAAGUCAGCAAAAUGUAAAGACAACGCUUCCUCAGCUACAGACAAACAGAGUACGAACUCUGUCAUUAAGGUUCAGAACAGAUAUGGUCUCCUCUCUGAUAAUGAGUCUUGA